CCACUCUGCACCUUGUGCGCCAGUCUCUUUGCGGCGUUGCCUCCCAAUGCCGCCGAUGCGCUGCUGCGUGUGAUGCCUAUAUGGCUUCGUCGCUGCGCUCGACGACGUAGCGUUCUAGUAGCGAGCCAAGACUCGACAGAAGCAGUCCUUUUUUUCCGCAAGUUCUCGUCAUCUUUUGAUUGAGAAUACAUUGGACGUACGAACGUACACAUAUACAGACAGUACACGCUCACAUAUACAUGUACGCUCGAGAGCUCGUCUGUAUUUCUAAAUAAAGACGCAGCGAAUCGUGUGUGUGGUGUCUACGUAUAAGGGAGCGCAUUGUCAUCGACACACUUUUUCGCCAACGUUAUUGCGAUAACCUUUUUUUUACAUAAACAAUCAUGGCUCUCAGCCAGAUGAGUGUGCUGAAAGUUUACAACACAGUAAUUGAAGAUGUAAUCAAUGGUGUAAGAGAAAGCUUCCUUGAUGAAGGGGUUGAUGAGCAAGUACUUCAAGAACUUAAGCAAAUAUGGGAAACGAAACUACAAAGCAGCAAAGCUGUAGAAAUGAAUCCAGAUCCACCAGAGCCACAGCCUCCAUCUAAUCCAACAAAAUCGAAUCAAAGAGCUAAGAAAAAUGCACAACCAUCACAAGCUACUCUUGCAGCUCAGCAACAGCAGCAAGCACAAGCUCGCGAAAAUUCACCGCCUCAAACUCAAGCUCCACAAGUACCAGUUACACAGACUACUCCUCAGACUACGAUUUCUACACCUACAACUACCCGCAUUGUUCAGCAACAGCAAAUUAAGCAGCAACAGCCAUUCAAUACAUUAAUACAGCAGCAACAACAACAACAACAACAACAACAACAGCUACAGCAACAACAACAGUUACAACAACAGCAGCAGCAACUUCAACAACUUCAGCAACAACAGCAACUUCAACAACAACAACAACAACAACAACAGCAACAACAACAACAACAACAACAACAACAACAACAACAACAACAACAACAAAUGGAACAGAAACCCCUUACACAACCAAUGGGAGAUAAGCAAAUCUCAAUUCAAAUCAAAUUACCAGCUAAUGCUAAUUUGCCUGAACGAGUUAUAAAUGUUCAAGUUCCUUCAUCAGCUAUUCAAUGCAAUGCAUUGAGCACUUUGUUUUCUGGUCCAAUUAUUACGGCUGCAAUUGGUUUGCCACUUCAACUGGCAACUGCAUUACUGCAACAGCAUGUUAAUCAAACUUUUGCGGGUACACCUGGGUUUAAUCCACCUCAUGUAACUAAUAUGGUACAAAUUGUCCAAGGAAACCCUAAUAUGGUACACCACCAACAGCAACAGAUAAUGACAGGACAGAUGAAUUCUGAAUUUCCCCAACCUAAUAACAUAGCCCAACUUGAUGGUGCGAAUAUUGAAUCAACAGAUGAUGACGAUGACGACGACGAUGACGAUAACGAUGAUGAUGAAGACAUGGAUGAUGAUAAAGACGACGAUGAUCUUGAUGAAGCUGGAGCUAGGGAAGAAGAACCGCUAAAUUCGGAAGACGAUGUUACAGAUGAUGACCCAACGGAUUUAUUUGAUACAGAUAAUGUAGUAGUUUGCCAAUAUGAUAAGAUUACAAGAAGUCGGAAUAAAUGGAAAUUUUAUCUCAAAGAUGGAAUUAUGAACUUAAGUGGAAAAGAUUUCGUCUUUCAAAAAGCCUCUGGUGAAGGUGAAUGGUGAAAUAGAGAAUAAUAUUUUCCUGUACGAGAAUUCACAUAAAUACAGAAUGGCUUGAAAGUGAUCUGUUUAUGUGAGCUCAUAUUUCUGAACAUUGAUGUUCAUUUAAUUGGUUACCAAUACUUAAAACUCAUUUACAUCAACAAACGCACAAAGUAUUGACCAAUUUUUUAGCCAAAAUUUAUCUUUACUACAACCGAGUUGAUUACUGAUGCUGGUUUUCUUGAUUAAUUUUAACGUGCAUUUAUUUCCUCGAAAAAUCUCAAUUUUGAGUUUUUUGUAAUUAUACUAUGAAAAUGUUCGUUGUAAAAUUAAAAGUAUGCAAAAAGAACAUUGAAACCAUUUUUCCAAAGUGAUAAAGACUACAGUAACUAGAUAUUUAACGAUAUAAAGAUGUAAAAUCAAGUCUUAAAGAUAAUAAUAGUUCAAGGAUUAACAUAAUUUUAAUUUUGUAAAAAUGUUAUCAAAUUACAGCUAUAAAUGUUUUCUAAAUAAAGACUGCAUAAAUUAUUUUUAAAAUGAUCGCGUUUUAUGAAAAGGUAGUUUAGAAAUUAAGAAAGCCAUCAUUGAAAAAAAUUGUAAAUAUCUAGUUGUGCAAUUCUAAGAAAAAUCGUUAGCGAAAACAAAAAAAGCAUCUUUAACAUUUUGUAAUCCUUGUAUUAUUAUUUAAAAAAUAUAUAUACCAACUACGAAUGUUCAUAUACAUAAAUAUUAAUGUGCUAUUUCAACAGUUAGUAGCAAGUGUCAGAUCUAAGGCCCAAAUUAAAUGAGCCUUGUUUACUGGUUGAUGCUUUAAAAACGUAUAAAUGACCUUCGGAAGUAAAGUAAAGAACUCCUUAGGUGACUUAUUCAUUAAACUUGACUCUACUUCGAUUGAUCAUUUAUACAGUUUAUUUUACUUCUUUAGCUGUAGAAAUUUCCUUUGUUUUUCUUUGACACAUCUUUAUGUCUUUGUACAGUAAAUAUAAAAAUUUUCCUGUGCAUAUAUUCAAUCAAUAUACUUAACAAUCAAUUUUGAGGGCGUAAGUGCCUUGAAUAGAAACAAUUAUUCACUUUUACCUAUUAGCUUUGUUAAUUUCAUAGAUAAUAUUUUAUUAUCUCGUUCGCUUCAUGUGAAUGAGUUAAAGUUUCCAUUUUAGUGAGUUCUAGAACACAUGAUGAUGACUUCCUUCUAAUUUUGAGUACAUUUUUUUCUAUAAGUAAAUCUGAUGGAUGUAUGUAUACUAGAUUUAUAUAUUGAGAAAAAUGAUUUUUGCAAAUCUGUGCAAAUAUUUGGAAAUAAAUGUGUCUUAUAUUGUUAUUAUCGUAAAA